AUGUCUUUUCCCUUCAAAGUUAUCGAGCAUACUAUCCCGGGUCAACAUAUCCGAGAGUACCCGCGCAGUAUAAGGAAGCACCUGGAACAGGAGACUACCCUCCACCUCGCGAUUAAGCAGUACAUUCCAUUGGACCUGCCAGCCCCAGUUCCCGAUAACGCAAUUACCAUCAUUGGGGCCCCAGGCAACGCUACUCCAAAGGAAGUGUACGAGCCUAUCUGGGAGGACCUGUAUGCCGACCUGAAGAAGAAACAAAUUCCACUCCGAGGGAUCUGGGUGGCGGACGGGACAAACCAUGCAGCAAGCGGAGUCCUCAAUGAAUACCUCCAGGGCGAUCAAACAAACUGGUAUGACCACUCGCGAGACUUGCUCUACAUGACCAACCACUUCCGUGAUCAAAUUCCCCGCCCGAUUGUCGGUGUCGCACAUAGCAUGGGCUGUGCUCAGCUGAUAAACCUUGCAAUUAUCCACCCACGUCUUCUCUCCGCUUUGGUUCUCUAUGAGCCAGUCCUGGUAGAGGAAGCUUUUGACGCACCCCAUCCGGUCAACUUCUCCAGUCGCCGCCGGGAUCUAUGGCCUAGCUCCGAGAAGGCUAAAGAAGCUCUCUCAAAAUCCUUCAACAAAUGGGACCCCCGUUCGCUUGAAAUAUUCCUAAAAUACGGCCUUCGCAGUGUCCCAACUGCGAUUUAUGACCCUGCUGAUCCAAAGGUUGGCCCAGAAGCAGUGACCCUGACAACAAGCAAACAUCAAGAGUCAUGGAGCUUCUCAGUACUAAACCUCGAUUCCGAAAAUUUGGAUAGGCUGUUGAUCCCUGACUGGCAUAACGAAAAGGAACGUCCCUACCUGGUUUCCCGACCGGAGUGUUGGUCAGCCAUGAGAAACCUACCAUAUCUGAGACCCGAUGUCCUAUGGGUCUUUGGUGGUAAGAGCUAUCUCUCUUCGCCCAAGGAACAAGACGACAAAAUGCGUAGAACAGGUACUGGGACAGGAGGAAAUGGUGGAGUCAAAGCUGGGGCGGUUGAAAAGGCUGUCUUGCCUGAGGGAGAACACUUGAUAUGUUUCGAGCAGCCAGGCUGGUGUGCUAGUACUACUGCGGAUUGGAUUCAAAGGUGGUUCAAGAAGUGGCUGGCCGAUGAGAAGUUCUGGGAGGAAUAUCAAAGUCGGGGCUCGGAGGACAUGCUGAGAAUUUCCAAAGAGGGUCUGGCGGCUAUGAAGAUGCCGACCAUGACGAAGCGGGGAGACUUCAAGUUCCCACCUAAAGGGAAGCUGUGA